AUGUCUCGUGCGGCAAAAUUUACUCUGGCAGCUACCGGACUGGGCACUGCCGGCAUUGUCUGGUUCGUGCACUGGUCGCAAGAGGCGGACCGAGCGGCAAUGCACAAGGGUGUGGAGCGAGACAUAGAAAAGCAGCGAAUCCGACAAGAACGACAGGCCGAAUUUGAGUUGCAGAAGCGACUGCAAGAGGAGUACCUGAAGCUGCAGACCGUUACCAGCACAACGGACAACAAAAGUUCAGCAAACCAACCCCCGAAUACAGGAACAUAA